AUGGACAUAGAACUGUUGGCAAAUGGGAUCGCACGGCCCGAUGGCAUCAAUGUUCCGGAAAGAAGGGGCCGCCAUCCAACCGGACAACGGAGCUCACGCAUUUUGAUGUUUGCCAAUAUGAGUAUUUCAGUGACCGCCCGUUUUGUCAACACGACACGUGAUCCUUCUGGAUUUGGAAGUAGCUAGCAAGAAAAAGAAGGUGGGCGAGAAGAAGGAGGAAAUUUUUUUAUUUAAAAAAACUAUUUUUUUGAGAAAAAAAGUUUCUUGGCCAUAACCAAAAAGGGAGAAUGCAAAUGAAUUUGUGAAUAUUGAGUAUUGCUACAAAGUCAGUCUUAUAAUAUUUUGAAGGAAAGUUUAAAAAUAAACAUAAGGCAAAAAAAGGAAAUUUUUGUACUUUACCUGAUGUUUUUUUGAUGGGUCAGUGGUGUUGACCAAAUUUGAACAACCAAUGUCACGAAAUCCUAACCAAAACAUCAUCAAUUUGUUUCAAGAAAUUCUGUGAACACAUCAAACAAACACUUUAAAAUUUUUUCUAAGGGACGUAUUUUGUUUCAAAAAAGGCAUCGGCUUGCAAUUCGGCAUCUCAAAGAAGUCAUAUGGCAGCAAAUUAAAAGAAAGUUCCGGAUUGAAACUUAUCAUGUAGGCUUUAUCAAUUUGACCAAAGUUAUCCUUUAGAAAAAUGAGUUGAAAAACAAAACUCUUCUAACAAGAGAAAAAAAAUCUUUAAAAUUACUCAGUAAUGUCAAAACGCAAGAAAGAAUUUUUACAAACGUCGACCUAUCGACUGAGAAAAACGUUCACGGGUCAGCAGACAGUACAAGGGCAAAGAUUCCCUCGUCGCGUUUAAAAUUCACAGAAACUUUAAUUGCAAUGAAUCAUGCCAAGUUUUAGGGAUGUGACGUGUUUGGAACAACUUGAAGAGAUGUCUCAUUUGAAAGUAAAAGAGCCGCUCGUAAAAACGAGUGAUUUGGUGUGAAGAUGCUUUCUUUGGCGGUUUGCUGAGAGUGGUGCGGUCGGUUUGUGUGCACGCAGUGGUUUCCUCCAAAUUGAGAGCACCUCCGUUCUGACCGAAACCCAAAGUAAUUGGAGAGUGUUGACUUAGAGCUCCCGCCUCGAGCCAAAUCAUUCAGAAGGUUGGAGGGUCAAUCACGGCUUUUGCUCUUUUGUUUGAAAGCUAUCAAAAAGAAAUGCAGCCUGUCUUAGGAAAUGACAGCAGAGGUUAGUUUACAUUACGGUUUUGAAUUUCUAGAAAAUCGACCAAUUUUUUUUGUUGAUGUAUCAGACAAAGAUCCUGAAAGUCUCAGUCUGCUGACCUUUCUAGUUUUCGAAAAAAAAGCUUAAAGCCUCAAAAGGAAAUAUGUUAACAUAAUUCGAAGGUUCCCCUGACUCUGAAAUGUCCUUACUAGGAAGUUGUUCGAUUUGGAAUUUCCAAGUUCUUUUUCUGGUACAUCCUGGAAAUAUUAGGUUUUUUUCAGGAAACUUCCAACCGAAAAAUAAAAACUUCCAACCGAAAAAAAUAAACUUUUUUUGUAAGUUUUUUUGUCGUUUUCUUUUUCUAAAAAGAUUCAAAUGUUUUUUUUUAAAAAGUUUUAUGGUUUUUUUAAACGCAGCAAAAAUCGGAAAAAUCAGAAAAAGAAUUCGAACGGUAAAGACUGAAAAGCAAGCAAGUACAUGCAAGCUUGAAAUUAAACAAAAUCAUGUUUGUCUGAAAGUGCAGCUAACCAUACAAAACAAUCCGUUCAUGUUUCAAGUUUCAAGUUUAAAUUUCUAGACUCAAGACGUUUUACUGUCUGAAAUUCAGAAGACAAGGGUCAAAACAACUUCUUAGAGGAUGAAGCUCAAUCAGGAUAUCAGAUAAAAGCGACAGAGAUAAAAGUUGCAAGCAAGGGGAUCAUGACGCAAGAUGACGAACAUUAAGUCAAAAAUUAGGUCAAACGCCGCUAUCUUCCCUCGUUUCGUAUACAAUACGAGGACCAGUGUUCGGAGAGGAAUAUACCGGCGGAUUUGUGCCGCCGGACUUCUCGGAUUGCUGUUUUUUUGUUUCCCUGAGAAGGUCGGUGGGAAUGUCUUGCCAGCGCGAAAUUAUCGUUGAAGUGAAAAAGAAGCGCUUCGCUGGGCUAAAAAAUGAUUGAAAUAGAGUGUGAAUGAAUUUAUAGAAAGGCGCCCUUGUAUCAAAAAAAAAAACGAGAAAAAUGGCGCGAAUGCAGUAUAGAGUGAAAAACUGAGCUUUCAGUUUUGAAAAUGGGUCAUUUUUUUGUUUUAUGGUCUACUGAAAAAUAUGUCUAACGCGUUGAUAGUUUUGUUAAAAUUUCAAAACUGGUGAAAUAUUGUAAUUAGCAAAGUUAGAAAACAACAAAAUAAAGUAAUAAUUAUUUUUUUAAAUUUUUUUCUGUGGAGCAGCAUUAUUAUUUUAGGAAGAAAGUUUAAAAAAAUAAUUAUAUGAGAUCGAAGGGGAAAAAAAGAUUUUUUUCAUGGCCUAGCUGAACUCAUUCAAAAUAUUAGGGGGCGGUUAGAAAUAAGUGGCGAUUUCGGGCAUUUCUUCAUGAAACAUUAUGAAAACAGCGAUCUGAAAGGUAUUUUCCAAUUCUAAAAAUGAUAUACUGCCAACCUUCACACCAAUAAUGAACGUCCUUUCUAAAUCCUAGAUUGGGAGUGGAAAUUGAAUCGAUAAAUUCAAAGCUCAUGUUAUUGGUAAACCUAAAAAAUACAGUUCAAUUAUUAUUGGAGGAGUUUCAUGAGAAUUUUCGCGCAAAGUUAAAGCAAAAAAUUUUUUCGACGGUCGACCAUACAGAGAAAAUGUUGUUGGCGAGAAACAGUCUGGAAGUGGAAACAAUGGUUCGACAGGACGAUCCGAGGGAAUGCCCUGGUAGCGCUGCAAGAAAGGGUCGUCUCUGACAGACAAUGCGCUCAUCUUAGCGGUAAACAACCUCCGAAUUUACGUUGCUCACCUGCACCGAAAAGUUUUGAGUCCACACAAACGACAUUUCAAGACAAUGGAUUAGGCCUGAUAAAAAGGUGCUCGUAUUUUUGGAACAUUGGCGUUGAGGAUUAUCUCUUAAUUUUUUGCCUCGCUGCCCAUUUUUCAGUUUUUUCCGCCGUUAUUCGGAAUGACUCCCUUGGAAACGGGAGCUCCGCCGUUUUCAUUUCUUUUUUCAUCCGACUGCAGUUCAUGCAAAUUUCUGAGAACAAGGUUAGUUGUAAAAGGCUCUUCCAAAUUAGAAUUGAACCAUUUUUCUUAUCGAUAAAAUAACAACUUGCUGUGAAGGUUUCUUAGGAAAGGUUCUAUUCAACACUGGAAUGUCUUUUUUGUGACUUUUCGAUGAGGACCGAUUACUUUUUCAAGAACUUUGAUUUUCAUGCUUUGAUUUGAUUGUUCUAUAACAUUUCAAAGCAGAAUCUAGGAUAAACCUUUCCUAUCCGAAAAAAAAGAAAAUUGCAGACUAAACGGCUGGGGGAACAACUGUAUGAAGAAUGGAUGGACUAUAAACAUUUGGUACAGAUUUAGAGGUUUAUUAACAUGAUUAUCUACCUCAAAUUAAGGAACGGCGAGCGUCGGACUCAACGAUAACAACUGUUGAAAGCGCACCGAGAGGAAGACACAGACUUCACCAGGAAUACCUCGCACGUCUCUCGAAGACUCCAGUAAACAACUAAACAAUAAGCAAUAACGUCGCCAAUCAUUCAGCCACUUCCCCCGACGCCUCAGCCAGUUCAACCGUCUCCAGUAAAAAGUGAAACGGCAAAAGUAAUCUUCUUCUCUGUUUUUACCGAAGUUAGCUUGUUUAGAAAGCGCGGCAGCUGUGA